UGCAGAGGGAAAUCAACUCUUUGAUUGACAAAAUUGAGCUCAUGAGCAUCAAACUAGGAGGCCCCAUAAAGGAAGAAGACCUUGCUGACUCUUUUGGCGGUCUAACCAACAUCAAUAGUGGAAAGAGAUAUGAGUUUUUCUUACAAGUUGUGAAGGAGAACUUAAAAUUAAUCCAAGAAACUCUUGAUGAGAGGAGGGUAAUCAUCCUCAAGCAUGGCUACAACUCAUCAGAGAGAAUCAUCAUUGAUGAGGACAUUAAUAUGUACAUCCAGGACUCCCAGCAAGGAAUCCAGAAAUUGAAGAUAUCAGUUGAUAAGGACAAGAAAAGGUUAUCACCAAUCGAAAUCACAGAGAGGUGUAAAUGCAUCAGUUUGCUCCGAAAGAACCUUAACCUGCUAAUAAAACAGUUUAAAGAGUCUGCUAAAGACUAUAUUGGCAUGAGGAGAGCAUCUGAGGACAGGAAGAUGCUCCUCGACGAUAAGGACGAGUAUGAAGGUAACAGAAAACUCACUGAAAAAGAGGAGAAGGCAUUGGAGGAAUUCAAGAAAAAUGAUGAAGAGCUUGAAGAAAUCGCACUCAAAAUAGCUCAGUCUUUGGAAGAACUAGGGGAUAAGCAGAAAUAAGGUGGGACAGGAAGUUGGAGCACAAUACGAAAUGCUCGUACAAGCAAAUGCUGACGCAGAAAACAUUGAGUUUGAACUUGGGCGCCAGAACAAUGAACUGACUAGGCUCUUACAUAAGUUCCGUAAUGGGAAACAAGUAUGGCUUGAUUUCCUCCUCAUCUUCCUUCUUUGCAUCUUUUUGACGCUCUUAUGGAACCGACUGAAAGCAAAGGAUUUUAUUUAAUUUUCAAUGUACA